AUGCUGGAAGUGUCAGGCCUGAGGCGCGACGUCCGGGGCCAGGCCUCGCGCGAGCCUCGCACAGUCAUCUACUCGAUAAGCUUCAGCCUCCGCAAGGGCGAGAUUUUAUUUGUGCGCGGCCCCUCGGGCGUCGGGAAGACCCUGUUGCUGCGAGCCAUUGCGUCGCUGGACGCGUCCCAGGGCGGUGCAAUUCUGCUGGACGGGCGCACGCCCUCGCAGUACGGGUUUCCUUCGUGGCGGGCACGCGUCGCGUACGUACCCCAGCACCGUCUGAACUUCCCAGGCACCCCGUCCGAGCUCUACUUCAAGGCGCAGUCCUACAAGGCGCAGAAGGGCCGCCCCCGCGGCGACCUCCCGUCGAUCGUCCAAGCCCUCGGCCUCGCGGAAGACGAGCUCAACGUCGAGUGGCACACGCUCUCUGGCGGGCAAGCCAAUCGCGUGUACCUCGCGCUCGUGCUCGCGCUGCAGCCCGACGUCCUCCUCCUCGACGAGCCCACGGGCAGCCUGGACCCCGCCGCGACCCAGCGCGUGGAGGACCUGAUCCAGCGGGUCGCAAAGGGGGGUACGUCGGUCGUGUGGGUCACGCACGACGUGGCGCAGCCGUCCCGCGUGGGCGGGCGCGUUUUGGAGCUGCCGCUCGGCACCGAGAUCGCCGCGUAG